AUGGUAGAGGACAAGACCCGGUCACUGAAGCCUGAGAGGCAGCCCUCAAUUUUUUGUAGGAGGGGGCACACGGGGAGUGUGGCAGAGUCAGGUUGGAGACCUGAGCCCACUCCCCGUGCUUACUGGGGCGAGCAGGUGACAGGUCAGGCCCCGUGCUAUGGGGUGAUGCGCACUGUGUCUCGGACGAGUAUUCACUGCGUCCCGCAUUUGCCGGGUGGAAGCUGUCAUCCAGCCAGAACGGGGAGGGCCAGCUAUGCGGUCGAGACCGCCAGUGCGCCUCCAUGGCCCUGUGUAUCCGGUGCCGCGGCCAAGGAAGAGGCCGCCUGUAUGUCUCCCCAGCCUGGUGAGUCUGCUCCCAGAACCAAGUCUCCCUCCUGUCCGGAGCUGCCAGAGCCGACCUCCUGUCUGGAGCUGCCAGAGCCACCCGUAUGUCCGGAGCUGCCAGAGCCGCCCAUCUGUCCGGAGCUGCCAGAACCGCCCGUCUGUCUGGAGCUGCCAGAGCCGCCCGUCUCUCCGGAGAUGCCAGAAUCGCAGCCCCUCAGUCCAGAGGCGCCCCUCAGUCCAGAGGCGCCCCUCAGUCCAGAGGCGCCCCUCAGUCCAGGACCCUCUACGAGGGUCUUCAGUCCGGGGCCCGCUGCGAGGGUGGACCAAGACUGA